CCCAGCCCUCGUCGCCGCCGCCAUUUUAGCUGCUGGUUCCGGCCGCACGGUGUAGGCUGUUGUAGCGGGAGGGGUGGGGGUCCUCCGGAGUGAAGUCGCUGCCGUCGACUGCGCCGCCCAGGCCGCCAGCUCCUCGUUUUUACUUCCUUCGUAAUCGCCCGCUUGAAGAUGUCCAAGCGGCACCGGUUGGACCUGGGGGAGGAUUACCCCUCCGGCAAGAAGCGUGCGGGGACCGAUGGGAAGGAUCGAGAUCGUGACCGGGAUCGUGAAGAUCGGUCUAAAGAUCGGGACCGAGAACGUGAUAGAGGAGAUAGAGAGCGGGAGAGAGAGAAAGAAAAGGAGAAGGAAUUGCGAGCUUCCACUAAUGCUAUGCUUAUCAGUGCUGGAUUACCACCUUUAAAAGCUUCCCAUUCAGCUCACUCAACCCACUCAGCACAUUCAACACAUUCGACACAUUCUGCUCAUUCAACACACACUGGACAUGCAGGACACACAUCACUUCCACAGUGCAUUAAUCCUUUUACCAACUUACCCCAUACUCCUCGAUACUAUGAUAUUCUAAAGAAACGGCUUCAGCUCCCUGUUUGGGAAUACAAGGAUAGGUUUACAGAUAUUCUGGUUAGACAUCAGUCCUUUGUACUGGUUGGUGAGACUGGGUCUGGUAAGACAACACAGAUUCCACAGUGGUGUGUGGAGUACAUGCGAUCAUUACCAGGACCCAAGAGAGGAGUUGCCUGUACUCAACCCAGGAGAGUGGCUGCAAUGAGUGUGGCUCAGAGAGUUGCUGAUGAAAUGGAUGUGAUGUUGGGCCAGGAAGUUGGUUACUCCAUUCGAUUUGAAGACUGCAGUAGUGCAAAAACCAUUCUUAAAUACAUGACUGAUGGGAUGUUACUUCGUGAAGCUAUGAAUGAUCCUCUCCUGGAGCGUUACGGUGUAAUAAUUCUCGAUGAGGCUCAUGAAAGGACAUUGGCUACAGAUAUCCUCAUGGGUGUUCUCAAAGAAGUUGUGAGACAGAGAUCAGAUUUAAAGGUUAUAGUUAUGAGUGCUACUCUAGAUGCAGGAAAAUUCCAGAUUUAUUUUGAUAACUGUCCUCUUUUAACUAUUCCUGGACGUACACACCCUGUUGAGAUCUUUUAUACUCCUGAACCAGAGAGAGAUUACCUUGAAGCAGCAAUUCGAACAGUUAUCCAGAUUCACAUGUGUGAAGAAGAGGAGGGAGAUCUUCUACUUUUCUUAACUGGUCAAGAGGAAAUUGAUGAAGCCUGCAAGAGAAUAAAGCGUGAAGUUGAUGAUUUGGGCCCUGAAGUUGGUGACAUUAAAAUCAUUCCAUUGUACUCUACACUCCCACCUCAGCAGCAGCAACGCAUUUUUGAACCUCCGCCUCCAAAAAAACAGAAUGGAGCAAUUGGAAGAAAGGUAGUUGUGUCAACUAACAUUGCGGAGACUUCUUUGACAAUAGAUGGUGUGGUAUUUGUGAUUGAUCCUGGAUUUGCCAAACAAAAGGUGUACAAUCCUCGAAUCAGAGUUGAGUCCCUUUUGGUGACAGCUAUUAGUAAAGCUUCAGCCCAACAAAGGGCUGGUCGUGCUGGACGUACCAGACCUGGAAAAUGCUUCAGACUUUACACAGAGAAAGCUUAUAAAACAGAAAUGCAGGAUAACACCUAUCCUGAGAUUUUGCGUUCUAAUUUAGGAUCAGUUGUGUUACAGUUGAAGAAACUUGGUAUUGAUGAUUUGGUGCAUUUUGAUUUUAUGGACCCACCAGCUCCUGAAACUCUGAUGAGAGCCCUAGAACUUUUGAAUUAUCUGGCUGCUUUAAAUGAUGAUGGAGAUUUGACUGAAUUGGGAUCGAUGAUGGCAGAGUUUCCUCUAGAUCCACAGCUCGCUAAAAUGGUUAUUGCAAGUUGUGACUACAACUGUUCUAAUGAGGUCCUAUCUAUUACUGCUAUGUUGUCAGUCCCACAGUGUUUUGUUCGCCCCACGGAGGCCAAGAAAGCCGCGGAUGAGGCCAAGAUGAGAUUUGCCCACAUAGAUGGAGAUCAUCUGACACUGCUGAAUGUCUACCACGCUUUUAAACAAAAUCAUGAAUCUGUUCAGUGGUGUUAUGACAACUUCAUUAACUACAGGUCCCUGAUGUCAGCAGAUAAUGUACGCCAGCAGCUAUCACGAAUUAUGGACAGAUUUAAUUUGCCUCGUCGAAGUACUGACUUUACAAGCAGGGACUAUUAUAUUAAUAUAAGAAAAGCUUUGGUUACUGGUUAUUUUAUGCAGGUGGCACAUUUAGAACGAACAGGGCAUUACUUAACUGUGAAAGAUAACCAGGUGGUUCAGUUGCAUCCCUCUACUGUUCUUGACCACAAGCCUGAAUGGGUGCUUUAUAAUGAGUUUGUUCUUACAACAAAGAAUUACAUUCGGACGUGUACAGAUAUCAAGCCAGAAUGGUUGGUGAAAAUUGCCCCUCAAUAUUAUGACAUGAGCAAUUUCCCACAGUGUGAAGCAAAGAGACAGUUGGACCGCAUCAUUGCCAAACUUCAAUCCAAGGAAUAUUCACAGUACUGAAUCCAGUGCUUAGAACUGAAGUGAUUCAGAGGACAGCUUUAAAAGAUGAGUGGACUGAAAGUUCAAGUUGUGCUCUUCACGUUGGUUCAAUAAUGGCCUUUAUUUGAAAGCUUUUUAAUUUUUCUUUACAGUAAAUAUUCCAUUCUGAUUUCAUAAAUUAAACAUUUAUGCCUCCCUUUUGUGUUGACACUGUAGCUCAUACUGGAAAAGUCGAUCAAUGUUUUGCAGUUUAUUGAAAGUAGUUCUAUAUAUAACAAUGUUAUAAGCAUUUCUUUAGAAAUGGUUGAAAAUGCUUCUAAAAUGUGAUUAUCGACCAUGGUAUGCAUGAUCGUUGUAAUUGUUGACAUUCCUUUUUAGAAGUUGUGAAAUGUUACAACUUGUGCUUAUGUAGACACAAUCUUCUGUCUCAGUACAGAGGCACUGACUUCAAUAAAGUCUAUUUAUACUAAUUUUGGCCAAAGCACUUUGAUAUCUUUGUUCUAGUCUCUUUAGGUAUGGCUUCUUCUCUUCCAGAGUGUGGUGUGUUUUUUUGUUUUUUGGGGUUUUUUUUCAAUUGUAAGUAUACUCUCAUUACAUAUUUAGCAUCUUCCCACAAGAACUGCUCUUUAGAUAAAGUAGUCUGUCUUUAAAGCAAUAUUUUUAAAAACAUAGCUUUGCACUUUGUUAGGUUAAUCAGGAUGUGAUAUGAUGGGGUCAAGUAUGUAGCUUUUAUUCAAAAUUGGAUCCCAGAAGACAAAAUAAUGAAAGGAGAGCUUUCGCUUCGUCUUAAAGUUCAUUUCAUGAGGCUGAUAAUUUAUUAUUUUGUUAACCACAUUUUAGCAAAUCUUUUUGUUAGAGAAACAGUCCAAGCACUCUAAUCUCUGAAACAAAUGUUUAUUCGUAUUAAAUAGGUAGUAGGGAAUGAUAUUAUAUUGUAGAUCUUGAUUUCAGUGUUGGAUGUUUUAUGUGAUGUACAACAGUAAUUAGUAUAGUGUGUAAAAUGUGCAUUUGACUUUCCAUUUCCUGUAACAGGCUGUAGACAAGUUACAAACCCUUUCUAAACCAUAAAUAAAAUGUUUGAUGUGACCCAUCAAA